AUGAACAACACUCAAUGCAAGUCAGAUUAUAGUUUGUUCACUAAGACUACUGCACUUGGAUUCAUAGCUAUCCUAGUAUAUGUAGAUGACUUAGUGCUGGUAGGAGAUGAUUUAAAUGAAAUUGAAAAUGUCAAAAGUGUCCUUCAUGACAAAUUCAAGAUCAAGGAUAUAGGAGAUUUGAAAUAUUUCCUUGGUUUAGAGGUAGCAAGUUCUAAAAAUGGAAUUGCUUUGUACCAACGCAAGUAUGCCUUGGACUUACUUAAAGAAACAGGGUUUCAAAACUGCAAACCAAUUAGCACACCCAUCGAUUAUGGAGUUAAGCUGGGGAAAUCCACAGGAGAGUUGCUCACUAACUUUACUCCAUAUCGAGAGAUCAUAGGAAAGCUCUUGUAUCUUUCUAACACUAGGCCUGACAUAAGUUAUGCUAUUGGAAAGUUGAGGCAAUUCCUAGAUUGUGCUACUAAUGAGCAUCUAAAAGCUGCUCACAGGGUGCUGCGUUACAUCAAAAGAUUUCCUGCCACUGGAUUGUUUUUUUCUGCAGACUCUAAUUUGGAACUCACAGGCUUUUCUGAUUCGAAUUGGGCAGGAUGCCCAGACUCACGCAGAUCAGUGUCUGCAUAUUGCUUCUUCUUGGGUCCGUCCUUGGUCACUUGGAAAAUCAAGAAGUAA